UGAUUGGUUUUAGCAUCCGGAUUUCGGAAUGUGUCCCAAUGUGUGAAAGGGGAUACAUGGGAUGCUGUUCGGGUUAUAUCUGGAAUGAGAGAGACCGAGUCUGUCAAGAAUGCGGCGUCGGGUACACGGGAGAUAACUGCAGUUUUACCUGUCCCUACCCCCUCUACGGGAAGAAAUGUUGGAAUACUUGUCAUUGUGAUAAUGUAACAUGUCUACCAACAAUAGGCUGUAUCUCUACAACAGAGCAGUUACCUAAAUCAUCUUCUGAAUCAAAAACAGGUUCGCAGCAUGAAACAAAUAGGUUCACUAUUAUUUUAUAAAGAACAAUUCAAAAAAUAUAUGUAUACAAACCAAUCGUUUUUCAGCUUUAAAGAUGCAUAAAUUUAUAAGAUCGGUGACCUUUUUACUAUCGAUAGUAAUGUUGAAUGAUUGUUUUUAUGAAAUUGUGACGUUAUAUCAAAAUAAGUUUCCAUCUGUUGAGUAAUCAUAAACUAAGUAUGGAUAUCGGGACAUUUAUGGACUACUGCAGAUCACUAAAUUUUCACGACAUCUUAUUUGCGCGAGAUAGUC